ACUAAACCUAACCUAUUCGGUCGACACUGUAAAGUAAACAAACAAAAGUAAAACUAUUUCUAAAACACUAAAAUCCAGAUAAUCUAUAAGAAAUUAAACUUAAUUGUGUUCUAUAUCCUAUAAAUAAGCAAUUGAAGUUCUUUUCGUGGAUAAAGAUUUAAAAAUGUUACUAAGAAACACAAGGCACCUUCUACAAUGUUUUAAACAAUCAGCUAGUGGUAAAGCUGCAUCAAGAACUACACAGACGUGCCGGCGAACAUCCUUUUACUUGUUAAAUAGCAAUAUUAUAACGUCUCUAAGUUACAGAAGUAUUUACAACAGUUGUUGCAAUAAUCAGAAACCUAGUAAUGAAGCUGCUACCCUACAACAAGCUACAGAUGAAAAUAAGAAUUCCUUCUCUUGUAGAACACAUACUUGUGGUGAAUUGAGGACCUUGCAUGUGGGGCAGAAAGUCACACUGUGUGGUUGGGUCCAAUAUUUAAGACUAUCCAAAUUUUUGCUAUUAAGAGAUGGCUAUGGCCUGGUCCAGUGUGUUACUAAUGAUAAUAGUAUAGAUUUCUCUGAUAUUACAUUAGAGGCUGUGAUAAAAGUUCAAGGAACUGUGACAUCAAGGCCCAAAGCCAUGGUAAACAGUGACAUGGCUACUGGUGAAGUAGAAGUGACUAUAUCCCAUAUGGAACUUCUGAAUACAGUGGAUAAAUUGCCAUUUAAUUUAAGGGACUAUCAGAAACCAAAGGAACAGUUGAGACUGCAACACAGGUAUAUUGACUUAAGGUUUCCAGAAAUGCAACAAAAUUUGAGAUCUCGGUCAGCUAUGCUUCAUCACAUGAGAAGAUUCUUAGUUGAACAGAAUGGUUUUGUAGAGGUGGAGACUCCUACUUUGUUCUGUCGCACUCCGGGAGGGGCCAGGGAGUUUGUGGUCCCGACUCAUCACUCAGGACUAUUUUAUUCCUUGGUACAAAGUCCACAGCAGUUCAAGCAAAUGUUGAUGUGUGGUGCGAUUGAUAGAUAUUUUCAAAUUGCAAGGUGCUACAGAGAUGAGACAACUAGACCAGACAGACAACCUGAGUUUACUCAGCUGGAUAUUGAAUUGUCCUUUACUGAUAGAGAUGGAGUGCUCAGUUUAAUGGAAUCUUUGCUCUAUGAAACAUACAUAAAGACACUACCAAAACCUCCAUUCCAGAGAAUGACUUACAAAACUGCUUUGGAAAGUUAUGGCAGUGAUAAACCUAAUUUAACAUAUGGUUUAAAAUUUCAGAAUGUCACAAAACUUUUUCCUGAUAAAGAUAGUCACUUUGGUGCAUAUUGCAUACACUACCCUAAAGACCUUGGAAAACUAUCAGCCAAAUCAAAGGAAGUGAUUAGAGAAUUAACAAAGAAAUAUAGAACAAAGGUGGUUUUAAAUGAAAAUCUGUCAAAAGAACUUGGUACCAAUGUGAGUUCUUAUUUGAAUGAAAAAGGUGAUGGUUGUUCUGCUGCUAUAGUAUCUUUAGGGGAUAAUGAUGAUGCCUGUUUAUGUUUGGGUGAAGUAAGAGAGAUGAUUUGCAACCUACUAAAGACUAAAAACCUUAUAACUGUCAAUGAUGAUGUCACUCCCUUAUGGGUAGUAGAUUUCCCACUAUUCUUGAAAGGAGCCAAUGGCAUCUUGGAAACAUGCCAUCACCCAUUCACAGCACCACAUCCUGAGGACUUGCACCUGUUAGACUCUGAGCCACUGAAAGUGAGAUCUUUGGCUUAUGAUAUUGUCAUGAAUGGCAAUGAAGUUGGGGGUGGGUCUGUCAGAAUCCACAAUGGAGACCUUCAAGAGCGUGUCUUGAAGCUACUGAAUAUUGAUCCUGGGUCAUUGGCCCAUUUUCUGAGUGCUCUGAGGAGUGGUUGCCCUCCGCAUGCUGGCAUAGCUUUGGGCAUCGACCGGCUGGUUGCCUUAGCAUGUAAUGCUGAGUCAAUAAGGGACGUUAUCGCGUUUCCGAAGUCUCACGAAGGAAAGGACCCCUUAUCAGGUGCCCCUAAUGUGAUCAGUGAUGAAGAUAAAAAGUAUUAUAAUAUUUGUGUUAAGUAAGUAAAUAAUAUAUUUUAUGUAAAAUA